ACAUUAGCCGUUGUCGUGGGUCGAGUUCAGACCGGUGUGGCGAGCGGAAUCGUUAACGUUGCCAUUUCGUGCCUUUCUGUGACAUGGAGGCCGAGAGCGGAGACGGUUACUGGAGCUGACAGGCAGGCAGGAAGGGGAGGGAACGAGGAGCGGGCAGCAGCUGCUGCCGCCGCCGGGGCUGGCUGCGUGAAAACACACCGACAGCACCAACAAAAUCUUCCGACCCUGACACCUCUUAGAGCAGUCUCAGCACCAUGUCCAGCCGAGGAGGAAAGAAGAAGUCCACCAAGACGUCUCGGUCUGUCAAGGCCGGGGUCAUUUUUCCUGUGGGGCGCAUGUUGCGCUACAUCAAGAGGGGACUGCCCAAAUAUCGCAUUGGAGUCGGAGCGCCCGUUUACCUGGCAGCUGUCCUGGAGUACCUUACAGCUGAGAUCCUGGAGCUGGCUGGUAACGCAGCCAGAGACAACAAAAAGGGUCGCGUAACUCCUCGACACAUCCUGCUGGCCAUUGCCAACGACGAGGAGCUCAACAUGUUGCUCAAAGGUGUCACCAUUGCAGCAGGCGGAGUCCUGCCUAACAUCCACCCAGAGCUGCUGGCUAAGAAGAGAGGAGCUAAGGGCAAACUGGAGACUCCGGUCUCACCUGCGCCUGAGAAGAAGCUCAAGACGGCCAAGAAACCGGCAGCUAAGAAAAUGAGCAGGAAAAAGGCUGGAGGCAAGGCUAAGAGACAGGGCGAGGUGAGCAAGACAGCGUCAGCAGACAGCACCACAGAGGGAUCUCCAGCUGACAACUUCACCGUGCUUUCAACCAAGAGCCUUUUCCUGGGCCAGAAGCUCAACCUUAUCCACAGCGAGGUCAGUAACUUAGCUGGCUUUGACGUGGAGGGGGUCAUCAACCCCACCAAUGCUGAACUUGAGCUUAAAGACGACCUAGGCUCUGCUCUGGAGAAGAAGGGAGGGAAGGAGUUCACAGACGCCGUGCAAGAGCUGAAGAAGAAAAACGGCCCUCUGGAGGUGGCUGGUGCUACUUUAACUGCUGGCUUUGGACUUCCUGCUAAAUACGUCAUCCACUGCAACAGUCCUGGCUGGGGCUCCGAUAAGUGUGAGGAGAUGCUGGAGAAGACGGUGAAGAACUGCCUGGCUCUGGCGGAUGAAAAGAAGCUGAAGUCUGUGGCUUUUCCCUCCAUCGGUAGUGGAAGGAACGGCUUCCCAAAGCAGACGGCGGCCCAACUGAUCCUGAAGGCCAUCUCCAGCUACUUUGUGGCCACCAUGUCUUCCACCAUCAAGACCGUCUACUUCGUGUUGUUCGACAGCGAGAGCAUCGGCAUCUAUGUGCAGGAAAUGGCCAAGCUGGAGACCAGCUAAAGCAUGGAGUAUUCUCUUCUCCCCCUCCUUAUCCUCAGCCUUUUUUUAAUUUCUAUUUUUCAUCCCUGACAGGAGAGAUGAAGGUGUUUACUGGUGAAUUGUUUAAUAUGAAGAAAAGAGAAGAUUUUAAAGGCCGGGAACUUGUUUUUUUGCAUUUCUUUGUCUUCUUCCUUUCUGUCUGAUCUGGUGUUUUAAUGUAGACGUGUGCUGUUCAUUAUGGGGUCUUCAAAAACAUAUACCAGUUGGUUCAACGCGUUUUCAUUUAUAGCUGCACCUCAAUUACAAGACUUUUUUAGAGAAGUCUGAUAAAUACGGGUUAAAAUACGUACAGGGAAGAAAAAAAAUCUGGUCUCUUUCUGUUAAACUCAACAUCACGUAGAAAAUAAUCAUGCGAUUUUCUUUUGGCAACAAUUCUAUUACACCUGUUGUAAUGUGUUAUUAAAAGGUAAAGCGGGAAGAAAAUACUUUGUUUAGGUGAUUGAAAACAGAACAGUAGAAUGAAUAUUUGUGUUGUGUGUUUUGCCUUUGUUCUUAGAGGCACAACAUUGUUUGGGUGCACUGCAGAGAGCUCAGAUACCCACAAACAUUUGAAAAGAUUUCUUUUUUUUGUGGUGUUUGUACCACAAAUACACCUAUGUAUGGGCUGGGACUGGAUAUCUGAGGUUUUUUGCAGGGCAUCGGUGGUUUCUGUUGUGUGUUCUAAAUAGAUGUUUAUAUAAAUGGAGUAUUUGUGAAAUGGUACUGGUAAAAUAUUGGACCGUAACUUGGAGUUUGUACUUUUCUGUUUUAAUUUUCACAGUGAUUCUAAAUGGCAAAGGAUUUGGAAGAAGAAAAAAAGAUUGUUUUGUGUUUUAGUCUUUUUUUUUUUUACCCAUGCAUGUAAUGUUCUCAUCGUUGCUGGAAAUGGAGGCUUUCUGCUGCUUCUUUUGGUUUGCUCCUGCAGUCAUCCACCAGCAGGUGGCGCCCUCAGACCACACCGUGGAUUGGCAGCCAUCCUUUCUGCACAGAAUCAGACCUCCUCAUUGGCCGAUUUGGGUUGGAUUUGAAUUGGAAAAGAAGGACAUGUGGAUUGGUGAAUCUGACUGCUCUUCUUUAUUUGGACUUUUAAAAAAGAUUGACUUUCUUAUAACAAAAGAAAAUAUAUACAUAUAUAUAUAAAAAGCUUUCUAAAGAUCUAGUACAAAGAAAAACAAAAGCUCUGUACACACUCCGGUAAUAAAAGACCUUUAAAACUCUUA